CCUUUCUCAGGAAGCUUGGGUCUCCCUGGCAGCGGGCCUGCCCUUGGGGGGGGCCUCUCGGCUCUGUGCCCCGCAGCUCGGCUGACAUUCGGGACUCGGCGCCCCCCGCGGGCACAUGUGCUAGCCCAGGCAGGAGGGAGCGCCUCCGCGGAGGAGUCCGGGAAGAGGGGGAAGGAGAGGCGCGCCAGAAUCUCGGUCCCGGGCGCCCUGGUCGGCCGCGGAGGAGCUGCAGCCUCCAACAGGAAGCUGUGCAUCUCUGAUCUCUGGCAUGCUGUCUGCUCUGCCUGUCCACUGAAGGUCUCUGCAUCCCAGCUCAGCCAGGAAGCAAAGGUAAGGUGAGCACAUCCCCCUGAGCCCGGCCUGCCAGGAGAACUGCAUGCAAAUUCGGCUGCAGGCCUAGGGCACACUAUCCAGAGCCGGCAGCAUGGACUUUGUCAUGAAGCAGGCCCUCGGAGGGGCCACCAAGGAUAUGGGGAAGAUGCUGGGGGGAGAGGAGGAGAAGGACCCAGACGCGCAAAAGAAGGAGGAGGAGCGGCAGGAGGCGCUGCGGCAGCAGGAGGAGGAGCGUAAAGCCAAGCACGCGCGCAUGGAGGCCGAGCGCGAGAAGGUCCGGCAGCAGAUCCGGGACAAGUACGGGCUGAAGAAGAAGGAGGAGAAGGAAGCUGAGGAGAAGGCGGCCCUGGAGCAGCCCUGCGAGGGGAGCCUGACCCGGCCCAAGAAGGCCAUCCCUGCGGGCUGCGGGGACGAGGAGGAGGAGGAGGAGGACAGCAUCCUGGACACGGUGCUCAAGUACCUGCCUGGGCCGCUGCAGGACAUGUUCAAGAAGUGACCGCGCCUCCUGCCCUGUCCCCGCUCCAACGGUUACUUUUUUUUUUUUGGUUCUUUUCUUUUUAUUCAGUUCAGUCUCAGUUCUGAAGGGGAAAACCUCAGUUGACCUCUGCCCCACUUCCCUGGCCAGGGGCCCCUCCCACUCACACCCCCUUCACCCCAGAGCACCCAGCCCUCCUCUUCCAAGUCGCUUGGAAAAGGGAAGAGAGCUUUCACCCCCAGCAGGGGGUGUUGAGCACAGUGAGGGAGGCACUCAGGACCCUUCUAGAAGCCUGAGGUCUGUGCUAGUGAGGUGACCCCCAUACAUUCCUUCAUGCGCCCCACUGCCAGGAGGACCACUGUCCCCAGCCAGCCGAAAUAAUGACACAUUCCAGCCCUGCCUAGCAUGCUGACCUUUGGCCUCUGGCCCCCAAGGGCCUCUGGGUCAGGGCAGGGGCAUUGAGUAGCCUGGCUCUGAGCAAGGGAGUCAGGCUAAGCCUGCCCUGUGAGGGCCUAGCCUGAGAGGGCUUGCUGUGCUCUGGCUGGGCCAGGGUCUGGGCAGGAGGCUAGGGCUCUCCUUCCCUCUCCCCAUGACACCCAGCGUGGAAGCACCCCUCCUCCAACCCCACCCUAAGAGGGGUAGCCCCUACUAAGACAGUCCCUCCAAAUGGAUCCUCUUUGGACUUUAACUCAUCUGUGGAGAGGCCCCAGGGUAAGGCAGCCCCUUGUCCUCCCCAUUCCACUUAGGUCCUGGGACCCCACUGCCAGGUUGGACCCAGCUUGCCCAGCCAAGGGGCUGCCCAGGCCCCCCAGAAAAUACUUGGAGCCAUUGGGCAGCAAUGGCCCAUGCCAUGGGAUCCCCUCCCCCCCAUGUGCAGCCAAACUGCCCCCAUUCCUAUCCACCCCUCUUCCUCACCCUGUCCUGUCCAUGUGCUUCCAGGGCCCCAUGGUCCCCAGGAAGACCCUUCCUGGCCAAAGCCCCAAGCCUUUGGGAAGAAGCCAGUUCCCACAGACAGAAGACAUCUGUCCAUGCAUCUCAUUGGCCAAGAACAAACUCUCCUCUGGGAUGUGUAAGGCUGGCAUUUGUUCCCCCCACCACCAACACACACCAAAUUGUCAAGGCCUUCUGCUCAGUCAGUUGUGUGAGAACUGGGGGGCCAUGGAGCAAAUGAGAGGAAAGUGUGUGUCCAUGCACACAUGAGUGUGCCUAGCAGAGACUGCAUCAGCAAUUGUGUGUCCAGAGGUUGUACAUGUAGGUGUAUGGUUAGGAUGUGUGUAUAUCUUCAGACUGUGUGUGUAUGUCAGUCAUCCCAUCUGUGUGUUAGAGACUGUGUAUGUUAGGCAACCUUAUGUGUGUGCUUGUUUGAGGUGGUAUGUAUGAGCUGAACUUGUAUUAUAUGUGUGUGUUAGCUAUCUCAUGUGUGGUAAGGCUUGCAUGUUUUAGCUUGUAUCUACAUGUGAUUUCAAAACAGCAUGCAUGACAGGAGUGGUGGAGAUGUGUUAGAUGUUGAGAAGUGUGUGCCAAGACUGUUGUGUGCAUGUGUGUGGCUCUGGGAAGGUAGUGAUACACAGGGUAUGUGCCUGGGGAGAAAGAACAUGGGUAAGAUGUCCCCUCUGGGCAUUGGUCACAGGUGGCCACAUCCAACAGGAGAACUUGUUCUUGGCCUAGAGUCCUCCCGCCCUUGAGGGGUUCCUGCCCAAGGUCCUCAGAAGUCCACUGGGACAGAUCUGGGCAGUGCCCCAAGAAGCCAUGCUGGGCCCCUACUAGGGCCCACCCUAAAAGCAGGGGCCAGGGAAGGGGCGACUUGCCUGCCCUCAAAGCCCCUGCCCCAUUGGCCUCGGUUUGCAUUUUGCAGGUUUUCCAUUUUAGUGGAUUUAUGCUUUUAUUUCAGAGAGAGACAUGUGUCUUCUCUGUCCGUUUCCAAUAGUUAAAGCCAUAUCAGUUAGACUGCAAUACUUUAAAGACAAGACAAAACAAUCCACAUGUCUAGGGAACCAGAAAAAUCUCCUGGUCUGUUCCUUCUCUGGGGAGCCAGGUCUCAGCAGCUCUGGCCCCCUGGACUUGCCCUUCUCCCCCACCGCCUCCCCUGUGCCCUUGUGUCCUGCCCCCAAGGGUCUGUGUCUGUGAUGGGGAGCCACCUUGCACCCCUGUUGUCUGCUUGUCUGUUUUUGUCUGUUAUCCUGGGCAGGAUGGUCAUUCUUAGAGCCCUAGGGUCCUGAUGCAGAGACAGGCAAGGCCCAGUCAAGGGGUCCCAGGCCUCCCCAAGGGGUCCCUCACACUCCCCUGAGUGUGAGUCCCACCUGGACACAAGUGUUCAGAAAGGUCUCCCCCUUGACAGUGGCCCACAGAACUCAAAGGUGGUGCCAGGGCACAGAGUGCCAAGUUGGCAGGGAAGACUGAGGCCCAGGGAGCUUCAGAUGAGCAGGGGAACCUAGCCAUGCAAGAUAUCCCAUGUGGGCCUGAGGGACCCCAGACCCGCAGAGGACAUCCCUGGUGGUCUCCAUAGCCCCUCUACACUACCAGAGUGGACUCAAGGUUUUUGCCAUAUGAGAGUCCCCUCCAGGCUGGCUUAGUCUGGUGCACAUCCUGGACUCCUCCAGUCUGCUCCAAGCAGCAGGACUGGAGGUCUUCCGGAGGCAGGAGCAGGGGGAGAAUUUCAGCCUGGGGCCCACCUUGGCCACUGCCAAGUGAUCACUCUCAGGUCCAGGGAACACGAUGACUGUCAUUCCUGACACACACUUGACUGGAAAGAGGUUAAUGUGUGGCCCAGAGAGAAUGUCAUGUGCGCCACACUCAUGGCAGAGGGCAGGAGGCAGGGGGCAAAAUACCAAUGGGGUGCUCUAGCAGGAAAGGGAUGUUCAGAUGCUGCACCUGGGGCAGCAGGUGUGUGGGGCCCAUUGGAUGGGAGGGGGAUGAGUGUGUCACACAGAUGGGGCCCUGCAUGUAACACACUUAGGAGGCGGGGACAGGGAGGGAGAGUCCUCAUAAUUCAGAACACACACACAACAUACAAGGGUGACAUCCCAAGCUAGGGGAAACAGGAAGGAGCAAUCAUUUGUACAGGAAUGAAAACAGUGAAAUGCAACGGAGUAUGCACCUCCAGGCGGGGGCACGUGUGCUUACCACAGAAGGCCACCACUGUGCUUCUGUGCCAGAGAGAAGGGAAACGGCUUUGCUGGAGCUCCCAAGCUGGGUGCUGGUAGUGGGCCAGGAUUUCCACACCUCGGUGGCCUCUGCUCCAGGUCCAGAAGCUCCUGGAAGGUUUUCUUUGGGUCUCCUCCAAAAGCAAGCAGAAGUCGAGACCAUCCCAGGUGGGUGUGUGCGUGCGUGCGUGUAUGUAGAGGAAAGACAGAAGUAUUUCAGCCCAGGCCCUUCUCAGGUGGGACAGCUGAUAGGCAAAGCAGCCAUCCGAAAGGCUUGUGGCUAAAGAACAAGUGGGGCAGACCCGCAGCACCCAGCUGGCAGAGUUCCCCACCCACCCAACGGCUCCAUCCUUUUAGGGUUCUGCUGGCCCUUGACUGAAUGGGCUGGAAGGCAGACUGGCUCAGAUGAGGGCAUGUCCCCCAGGCCUGAGGACAUGCCUCCCUACAUGUGCCCUGCUCCCCUCCACACUGCUGUUGCCCACCCUCUUCACUGGGGAGAGAAUGGUGCUCGUGCUGGGCCUGGGCCAGGGCUGUGGGGGUCCUAGUGAGACCCAGGUUAGGAAGACCAUCCUGCUCACUGGGGGAAUCCCUCUCCCACAUCUGUGCUGUGUCCUUGUUGCUCUGCUUCCUUUAAAUGUGUCAGUGCCUGGGGGGAGGGGAGGGGUAUCCCCUCAUGCCCCCUGAACCUGACCAAAAGCCAUGGCUGUUGCUCCCCCCUUUAUAUGAUGCAGAUGCUAAGAUGUACCAAACCAACCGUGACAACAAAGAAAAGACCUUGUACAGCA